AUGGCUUUAGCCCUAUUAUCAACACCUGAUCAACUGAAAAGUGAUAAGAAAGGUAGUGAUUUUGUACUUAAUCAAUUAUUACAACUCGUCAUGAAUGCUGCUAAAAAUGCGCGACGUCGAAGUAAUGGUUUUCAUGUUAGUGAACCGCUAGCUGUCAUGGCGAAAAUGUUUGUUGUCGAAGAACGUACACUUGAUUAUAUUCUGUGUCAUGCUGAAACAGAACCAUCAUCGGAUACAAUAUCAACUAUUCAUUUAUUUAUUACUUUACUAAUCGAAUUUCGUGAUGAAUUAAAAGGAACCGGACGGCUCGAGCAAUUUACAUUGAUUGCUCUAUUAAAUGUUCUUUGGAGUAUAUCAUUUCAACCGAAUUAUGCACAAGAAUUGAUCAAUAAUCAAGAACUAAUUGUAAUAAUAAGAAAUUAUACAGAAGAUAAUAAUGAAGAAGAAAGUCUUGGACAAUAUAAGCCACUUUCAAUGGAAGGUAUUAAAGAAGCAGCUCAUGGUAUUCUUCAUAAUCUCAAUUUGGAUAAUAAAAAUGAAUUGAAAUUGGAUGAUCAUUAUCGUGUUCUCGAUAGUAUCGUAUCAGAUCCAUUGUCCGUUAGCAACUGCAAACCAUUGAUCAUGAUUAGUUAUUCUCAUGCUAAUAAUACUUUUUGUAGCCAAAUACUUGAUUUAUUAGGUAAAAGUUGUGAUGCUUUUGAAAUCUGGAUCGAUCGUACACAUUGUCAUAUGAGUGCCGAUUUAUGGGAAUCAAUUGCUGAAGGAAUGGAAAAUGCAUGUAUCAUAUUAUGUCUGAUAUCCAAUCAAUAUUUUGAAAGUAAAUCCUGUCGAAAAGAAUUCAUUUAUGCUGUUGAUUCACUUAAAAAAAUUAUUGUAUCUGUAUUACUCGAAAAUUUUGAACCAAGAGGAUGGCUUGGCAUUCGUAUGACCGGUAUGAAAUAUAUUCGUAUUCGGAAUCUUGUUCGACCUGGCGAAGCUAAAAUUACUGACAUAUUGAAUACAAUUCUAUCAUCACUCCCAUCAUCAACAUCGUUGAUUCACGAAAAAAUUCCACUCGCAGAUCACUCUAAACCAUUAUCUCAACAUCAUUCAAUAUCAACAUCUAUCGCUUCUAGUACGAAAGCAACUAUUGCUCUUCGUCCAUUUGAACAGUGGACGUUGGUUGGUAAUGAUAUAAACGAUUGGUUUGCGUCCAAUCGAAUAUCAACACAAAUUCGAGAUUUAUUUGAUUUUCAAACAAAGGAAGAAAUGCUUGAGUAUGCUCAAUUAUUAAUGAAAGAUCGUGAACACCAGAUGAAUAUAUACGCAAAAAUUUACCAUCAGAAAUAA